AUGUUGCAUACUCGACACAGACGUGACAGUCUGACAUGGCAGGUGGCCAUCAUCACUCCGGUGAUUCAUUAUUGCAUGGGUGGCCUGGAGAUUGACACCGACUCUGCUUGCGUGGACGCAUCCGGCAAGGCCAUCCCAGGCCUCUACGCUGCUGGCGAGGUGGCCGGCGGCGUGCACGGCAAUAACCGCCUGGGUGGCAACUCCCUGCUGGACUGCGUGGUCUUCGGCCGCGUGGCCGGAAAGGCCGCUGCCAAGUACAUGCUCGGCGACAAGACCAAGAGCAUGGACUUGAAGGAGCUCUCCGGUGGAGGCCUGGCAGCAGACAAGGAGGCACCAGCAUCCAAGCUUUAG